CACAGGGGCGAUCGAUUGGCUGUUGAGAAUGGACGAGUUCAGAGGGCUAGCAAGGCUCCCCAAAUUCGCAGUACCUAAGCGCUACGAUCUCACCCUUAAACCCGACCUCGUCACCUGUAAAUUCAGCGGCGAGGUUCGAAUCACUCUCGAUAUUGUGGAGAAAACCAAAUAUAUCGUUCUUAACGCUGCAGACCUGCUCAUCCGCCAUGCCUCUUUCUACGCCUCUCCCUCUCAACAGGGGGUUAGUCCUUCGAAUAUCACUCUGGUUGAGGAGGAUGAGAUCCUGGUUUUGGAGUUUGACUAUCUGAUACCGGUAGGAAACGCUAUUUUAGAGAUCGCCUUUGAUGGCACUCUCAAUGAUCAGAUGAAAGGCUUCNNNNGUAGCACAUACGAGAUAAACGGGGAGAAGAAGAACAUGGCUGUUACACAAUUUGAACCUGCUGAUGCACGGCGUUGUUUUCCCUGCUGGGAUGAGCCUGCCGUGAAGGCUACAUUCAAGGUGACAUUGGAAGUGCCUUCGGAGCUGAUAGCAUUGUCUAAUAUGCCAGUGCUUCAAGAAAAACAUGAUGGGCCUCUCAAAAUUGUUUAUUUUGAGGAGUCACCAAUUAUGUCCACAUAUUUGGUGGCUGUUGUUGUGGGGUUGUUUGAUUAUAUGGAGGGCAAGACAUUGAAUGGGACUUGCGUUCGUGUAUACUGUCAGGUUGGCAAGACAGAUCAAGGGAAAUUUGCUCUAGAUGUCGCUGUGAAGGCACUUGAUCUAUAUAAGAAAUACUUUGCAGAGCCAUAUCCACUUCCCAAACUGGAUAUGAUCGCAAUUCCUGAUUUUGCUGCUGGAGCAAUGGAGAACUAUGGUUUAGUUACAUAUCGUGAAACGGCUUUGCUCUAUGAUGAGCGCAAUUCUGCGGCUGCAAACAAGCAGCGGGUUGCCAUUGUGGUAGCACAUGAAUUGGCACACCAGUGGUUUGGAAAUCUCGUUACAAUGGAAUGGUGGACCCACUUAUGGCUUAAUGAGGGAUUUGCAACUUGGGUGAGUUAUUUGGCUGUUGAUUCCUUGUUUCCUGAUUGGAAUAUUUGGACACAAUUUCUUGACGAAACAACUGGAGGUCUUAGACUGGAUGGAUUGGCAGAGUCACAUCCCAUAGAGGUUGAGAUAAACCAUGCUCGUGAGGUUGAUGAAAUCUUCGAUGCCAUAAGCUAUAAGAAGGGUGCAUCUGUUAUUCGCAUGCUGCAGGCUUACCUCGGGGCUGAAACUGUUCAGAGAUCUUUGGCUUCAUACAUAAAGAGGCAUGCAUAUAAAAAUGCAAAGACAGAAGACUUAUGGGCUGUGCUUUCUGAGGAAUCUGGAGAACCAGUGAACAUGCUGAUGGAUUCAUGGACCAAGCAGAAAGGAUAUCCUGUUAUUUAUGCAAAACUCGAGGAUCACCGGUUGGAGUUUGAACAGUCACAUUUCUUGUCAAGUGGAUUGACUGGAGAUGGGCAGUGGAUUGUUCCUAUAACUUUAUGUUAUGGUUCAUACAAUACUCGCAAAAACUUCCUCUUAAAAAGUAAAGUAGGGGAUAUGGGUUUAUCAGAGCUAUUGCAUGAGAGCAAUUUUGGUUUGAUGGGAAAAAGGACUCGUUCGGACACAUCAGGAGAUUGGAUUAAACUCAAUAUUGAUCAAGCUGGUUUCUAUAGGGUGAAAUAUGAUGAUGAGCUUGCAUCAAGAAUUAGAAGAGCAAUAGAAACAAACUCCUUGUCUGCAACAGAUCGAUUUGGUGUACUGGAUGAUGCAUAUGCUCUUUGUGCGGCUUGCAAGCAGACACUAUCCUCUUUGCUUUCUUUAAUGGUUGCAUACAGGGAAGAGCUUGAUUAUACUGUCUUAUCAUGCUUGAUUGAUGUAAGUUACAAAGUUGUGCAGAUGGCUGGUGAUGCCAUUCCAAGCGUAUCUAAUGACCUGAAACAAUUUAUCAUCAAUCUUUUGCAGUUUGGGGCUGAGAAGUUGGGUUGGGAGCCAAUUUCAGGUGAGAGCCAUUUGGAUGCAAUGUUGAGGGGGCAGAUUUUAACUGCCCUGGCUGUAUUUGGGCACGAGAUAGCCCUAUCUGAAGCAAUAAAUCGGUUCAAUAUGUUCGUCCAUGAUGGAAACACACCACUUCUCCCUGCUGACACAAGAAAGGCGGCUUAUGUGGCUGUCAUGCAGCGUGUUAGUACUUCAAAUAGGUCUGGAUAUGAAUCACUUUUGAGAAUUUAUAGAGAAACUGAUCUGAGUCAAGAAAAGAGUCGGAUCCUGAGUUCUUUGGCGUCUUGUCCAGAUCCUGAGAUUGUUCAAGAAGCUUUAAACUUUUUGCUGACCUCUGAGGUUCGCAGUCAAGAUGUAGUAUAUGGACUAGCAGGAAUAAGCACGGAAGGGCGCGAUGUUGCGUGGAAAUGGCUACAGGACAACUGGGAUUUCAUAUCAAAGACUUGGGGUUCUGGAUUCUUGGUAACCCGUUUUAUCAGCGCUGUUGUGUCUCAGUUUUCAAGCAAUGAAAGAGCAGAGGAGGUAGAAGCCUUCUUUUCAAGCCGUAUCAAACCUUCAAUUGAAAGGACCGUGAAGCAAAGUGUUGAGCACAUUCGGAUCAAUGCGCAGUGGGUUAAGAGUAUAAAGAAUGAGCCAUCCCUUGAAGCGGUUGUGAAGGAAUUAACUUAUAGGAAGUACUAGAUAACAUUUAAGAUUGUUUCAUAAUAUGAGUGUUUACUUUUGUUGCAAGGUCAAAGAACCAUCCCUAUAAUCAAUAUUAUAUUCAUGUUAAAAAUAAGUAUGAUCCUUAAUCUGAGGAGGUUCUGACGAGCAUUUAGCAAAGAUCAUGAUGAGCUCAUGAUUCACAUUAUGAUGCCUUUCAUUUUUCUUACAAAUAAGCUCUCUUAUGAGUCGUAAACAUUGAUUUCACGUUUACAGUCUGCUACCUUUUGUAAACUGUUGACAUUUCUUCAACUUAGUAACCUUCUUGUUAGA